CAGCCUUCGGUCAGCCGGAUCAUUACAGCCGUCGCCAAGGCCAUUACGGUUGUGGGCAAAGAAAAAGGAUGGGUUAGAUUCCCAUCCACGGCGCAGAAAGCCGCCGUCAAGGAAGGCUUUCUUAGCCGUGGAAAAAUUCCAGGAUUUCUAGGAUGUGUGGACGGGAGUCUGAUAGCCAUCGUUCGCCCUAAGAAGCUCGGCCCCGGCGAAACGGAAUCGUACUGGAGCCGUAAAGGGUAUUACGCCCUCAACUGCAUGGUCGUGUGCGACGCGAAGCUGUAUAUCCUGGCAAUUGACCCACGGUUUCCGGGAUCGUGCCACGAUUCUUUCGUCUGGAGGCAUUCUGCAUUUCGCCGCCGCCUCACUCGUGGCCUGUUACUUCAUGGAGAAGUCUUGCUUGGCGACUCUGGGUACCCGCUAGAGCCACGGAUCAUGACUCCUGUGCCUGGUCACCGAAAUCGCCUCACGGCAGAGGGGCGCUAUAAUGAGGCACACGCAUCAAUGCGAAAUGCCGUUGAGCGGUGCAUAGGAGUCGUCAAGAGCCGCUUCCGAUGCCUGCAGAGGUAUUGGGCGCUCCACUACUCGCCUCAGAAAGCAGCCACUAUUGUUGCAGCUUGUGCAGCGCUGCAUAACCUCUGCUUUGCAGCAGGCGUGCCUCUGCCAGACGACCCAGAUGACGACGGUGCACAUGACGACAGCGCACAGGGGCCAGCCCAGGCACAAGUGCCGCUUCAAGUACAGGUGCCACCGCAGGCGUACCCUGUACAGCCUUCUCGAGCUUUGUUUCAAAGAGGCCGUGCGGUGCGCGAAUCCAUAGUUGGUGUGUUUCGGCUGCCCAGAAAUUUGUGCAUUGCCUACCUGCAAAGUGUGCGCCGGCGCAUUCGCUGGCAAAUAAGGCAGAGACGUGUGCUGGUGUGACAUGUUUUAUUUUUCUUUUCAUGAAGUAAAUAGGCCGUGCACUUCAAGAUAACACAUUGCGUGUUCUCACAUGUGGCUAAUCGUAGUAUGCUGCAUACUGCGGUAGUGAAAAGCACAUGAUUUGUCUAUGUUGAGCAUGACAGAUACACAUGCAGUGACAAAUAACUAUGUGACAUUAUGUUACUCCUUUGCUUUGUUCACUGUGCUUUUGAAUAUUGUCUCGCCAGGGAAUUUUCUUUAAAUAAAGGUUAUUUCCAAGGUGAAUGGCAACCAAUCUUGCAUUGUUGAAUAUUGCUUUGCGAUGCCUAUUUUACUGUGCAGUAUGCAUUGUUCCAAAGCUGAAGAUGUCUGUUCAUGUGUGACACGCAAGCACAGCACGAGUUACACAGCAACUGAAAUGUCGUUCAGAGCAAUCUGUAUAGCACAUAUUGAAACGUAUAGCAACAAACGAGACUUGCCAAGCACUUUUUGGAGCAGGAUUUCUUUAAAUAGCAGACACUCAUGCUUACUACUGCUUCGUUUAAACUCAAGAGUUGCUUCAACAUUGCAUUUCUUGCACGCAUGAUUUCACAUAAUGCUCGUAAUUGCUGCUUAACAAGGUGCAACUACGCUAUAACACAAUAUAAACAAAAUCAUGACAAUGAAACAUUUCUUUAUUUUAUUCAUUGGGUACCUGCUUCGCCAUUCAGGCAUUACAGCAGGGAGGGUACAACUCAUAUAAAUGAACACUCAAAAUUACAUUCAUAAAGCAUGGAAGAAAUCAUCAUUUGAACAAAUACAGACAGUGUCAGGUGGUAGAGUAUUCCAGUCUCUUAUAUUACGAACAUAGAAAGAGUAGCGGAAAGCGUCGCUUUUAACCCUCUAUUGCAUGGCGUCCCACAUUUGGCACAUACCGGUUACCAUUCUUUUUCGCGUGUGUGAGAUUCCCAGUUGAGAAUGUGAUACCGUCAGAGUAAAUCUCGUAGUUAUGCGCACUUAUUAUGGGCAAGUGCUGCCAUCUCUUGAGUGAUACGCAAAACAGAGGUGAAGUAGAUUUUGGGAUGCGACGUGAAACUCUGAGGGGGCAAACACGAGCAAUUGUUUUUUUUUUCUCUGAAAAGUUCGACCGCAGAAACAUAGAAAAAAUAUUUUGGCAUAUUUUUUGGCCUCGCCAAUUCAAGGCAGUUACUAGUUUUCUCAAUUGUGCCUGCAACUACAGCAGAGAAACCGAAAUCGGUGUGUGCCAUAUUUGGCACAGUAUGAACUUGAAAUACAAAAUAUGGUAACGUGCUGCCAUCUGUUCAAUAGCCCGAAGCUGCAGGUCACUCUAUCACAAGAUGUAAU